AUGGAAGCCGAAGCCGCGGCGACUCGAUCAAAACAACUCGCUGACCGACUCAAUGCCGAGUUAAAGGUCCAACAAGACGAAAAUCAAAAACUUGUGGAGCAAAGGAAAGCGCAGGAAUUGAUGAACAGCGAGCUGUCCGACCGACUGAAUACCUUACAAGAAAAACACGACAGAGCAGAAAACCAAAGAAAUCGGAUGCAGGAAGAUAUGGAAAAGUUCGAGGAGAAAUAUCUCGCGGAAUUACGACAGAAGGAUGAUUUGGCCAAAGGUAUCCUGCAAAUUCAAUUCACCACAGUCAAA